GCAUCGCCGUUGCAGGUCAAUCGACCAUUUGAAAGAGGACCCUUGAUAUAAAUGACCCUCUGAUCACCAGAAACGGUGACUCAGAGCUUGACGAGGAAAAUUCUCAUUUACCUCCGUAGUGGACGUCACUAACAUCAGUUGCUCCCCAAAUUAGCCUUUUCACACUUCCUCCACUCUGUGAAUUGUUUUUUCACUGUAGAAAUUUGUGUGACCCCACAGCCUGCACAUACUUCCAGCUCAAUUCCUCACAAGUUAUUAUCGGCGCAUGUUUGCGGUUGCGGAAUUGACCUAGGUGGAGUUUCAUUGUGAGGGUUCAAGGGUGAUUAGGGUUUUAGGUUUCGAGGCGCUGAAGUGUGGAGAGGAGGGGGGAGAUCAGUGGAGUGUCUUGCAUUGAAAGUUUAUUGUAAGAGUGUGAUAUUCCGAAGGAAAGCUACUGGCUUACGCAUUGGCCUGUGGCACGUACACUAUAGAUUGCGUUGGGUAGGUGUGGUCAAGAGAAAUUCAUUGCAGUGUGCAAUGAGUCAAUUGUGGUCUUGUCCAACUAGGAUCUCGCUGUUUCGAUCCAUUCGGCGCAUUGCAGCCAGCCCGUCUUUGUCAUUCAAUGAGGUCCCAAGGGGGUUCAGGUUUUACGCUGCGGCAGCUAGCGAAUCUGAUGAUGAAACCGAGGCCAGGAGCCCGCCCACGGAGAAGGUGCAAAGACUAGCCGAGGACAUUUCAAAGCUGUCGUUGCUGGAGGUCUCGGAUCUCACCACCUUGCUGCGAAGGAAAUUAGGGUUGCCAGAGGGAAUGGGCAUGAUGUCUAUGGGAAUGAUGCCAGGAAUGCAAAUGGGGGGCGCAAGUGUCGCCCCUGCCGCAGUCGAAGAGGCCAAGGCAGAGAAAACCGCUUUCGAUGUGAAGCUUGAGAAAUUCGACGCUGGGUCCAAGAUUAAGAUCAUCAAGGAGGUUCGCACAUUCACAAACCUCGGUCUCAAGGAGGCCAAGGAGCUGGUGGAAAAGGCGCCAAUCGUGUUGAAGUCGGGCGUAGGGAAAGAAGAGGCGGAGCAAAUCGUGGAGAAGCUGAAAUCCGUAGGCGCCACUGCUUUGAUGGAAUGAGCGUUGCUUCAUUAUUCUCCGAGUUUUUUUUUUUUUUUUUUUGUUUUUUUUUUUCUAACUGUGGCGCUUCCCUCGAUUGUAAGCCCUACCGAGCCUUCAUUUCGCAGUUCUGGAUCUGCCUUCUCUCUGCCAGAUAUGAUACAGUCAACUAUCCCAUGUUUUCCUUAGCUUCGUUCAUCUACCUUUCUCUUCCUCCCUCUUCUCUGGUUGCUCUCUAUCUUCCCUUCAUGCUCGCAUUGAGCAUGACCCUCGACUUUAGACCCUCGACUCCUAUUCUUUUCGUCAGAUAGCUCUUCUUUUGCAUUUCAAGGCGGAGUAGGGGACUCCCUACUUUCCAUCGCUUCCCACCUUGAUUAAUCCCCAUUUGAAAUUCAUGUUUUUUGCUCAUGCUCACGUAAAUCCCUCUCUUGAAACCUAGUUCCUUUCUUGGUUUCAAUGCCGCAAAGAUAGUGGCAGAGGUGAACUUCCAUCCCAUGGUCUUAGAUUGAAGCGCGUGUGACAUUGACAAAGCAAGACGAAGAGCCAUUCAAGGGUGGUAGUUUACACUUAGGGUUCAGAACUAAAAUGAGCGAAUGAACCCCAGCUUGGUGCAACUGCUUGGAGUUCAUCAGUAUUGUAAGCAGAGUGUUGGUUUGCUUCCAUGCCUGCCAAUGAUGAAUACACAAAUCCAAGCGUUAACACUUUUAUAGAUACUGGUGAAUGAGUUCGUUGCAAACACAAGUUUCUUAACAGACACUCUUCUCGAGAUACGAGAGUUUUGCAUGUGUGGAAAAAAAGGUUAUUUCCAGAGCUGUUGUGCUCCAUUAGACCGGGAAUGCAUUCAUCAGUUUGUGGUU